CAAAGGCCAAAACCUAGGGCCAUAGUCGAAGAACUUGAAGGCAGUUUGAGAGCGCAAGAGAGAUGGCAGGAGGAGGGUAUGGGCAAGGAACUUACAAAGGUGUCAAUCUGCAUCAGCCUAAGCGAUGGCAUACAGUCACUGGAAAGGGCAUGUGCGCCAUGAUGUGGUUUUGGAUUCUAUAUCGGGCUAAGCAAGAUGGCCCUGUAGUUCUGGGAUGGAGGCAUCCUUGGGAAGGGCAUGGACAUGGUCAUGGAGAUGAACAUUAGGUGUCACGGAUGAGUGAAAGAGAGCACAAAACUUAUCCAAGAUUCAAUGCUUUUGUGUAUCAAAUAAACGAAUUUUAAGGAACAUGUGAACGAUUUCAUAUAUUAUCUCCAACUCUGUUGUUGAA